AUGGGUAGACCAGACGUGGUAGACUUGACACAGGUCGAUUCUGAAAGUGAUCGCAGCGAUACCAACAACGACGACGACGUCUCCAUCGUCUACACGAUACCUGCUCUCAAGCGCCUAAAGCCAAGUCCGUCACCACCGCCAUCAACUAUCCAGACAUCUGCAUACACUGAAGUUCCCACCCAGCCCAACACCGUACUUGUGCUGGCUGAGGGCCGCUCGGUGUGUAGCGAGUUAGCAUUCAGCUUUAUCGACCUGACAACCAGCAAGUGCUGGGUGACGCAGUACGCUGACACUGCCAGCUUCGCCCACACCAUCUACAGCCUGACCUUCCUGCGCCCACACACUAUCCUGGUGCCCCGCGCCAUGUGGGUCGGCAAGUCAAAGUGUAUGCGAACGAUUCGCAGAUAUCUGCCCUGGGCGUCGGUGCAAAUGCUCGAUCGGAGAUUGUUUGACGAUGGCGCGGGCAUGCGUUUUGUAAGCGAGAUGUGUGUGCCAGAGAUCUUGCCUGGGUUGAGACGGUGCUUGAGGGAUAAGCAGUAUACAUAUGCAGCUGUUAAUGCCCUGUUUACAUACUUGGGCCAGAAUCACGACUGUGUGUAUGCAAAGGCGUCAGUCUACUUUGAAUACAGGCAGAUGGAAGCCAUUCCUUUAGAUCCUGGAGCGUGGCACGAUCUUCAACUUACCGAACCUUCAGGAUCGAGAAACAACAAGCAAAACUGCUCGCUACUUGCCUCCCUCAAGCAUACACAUACCAAAAUGGGCGAGCGCCUUCUCCGUGCCAACAUUCUGCAGCCGUCAACUGAUCUGUCAACCAUCACUGGGCGCCAAUGCGCAGUUGAGGAUCUCCUGGAUAAUGAGGACAUAUUUUUCAGCCUGUCGCUCUCCCUUGCAGAAUUCCCUGAUAUCGACAGCGUCAUAACCGCACUGGUUCGCUUGCCGGAGGCAAAAACUGUACGCCAAGCAACGCAGGUAAUCAACAACGUGCUGCAUGUAAAGCAUGUUCUGGAGACAUCGCUGGCCAUUGCUGGCUCGCUGAACGGGGCAGUGCAGAGUGAACUACUUUGUGAAAUCGCUACCAGCCUAGGCGAUUUGCGUGCUGGUGAGCUUUUGGCAGUAAUCCAUGCGGUGGUGCGCGCUGACAUACAGGUUGAGAAAUCGGCACAGGCGAUCCGCAGCCAGCGCUGCCACAUGGUAAAGGAUAGUGUCGAUGGGUUUCUCGAUGUUUCGCGCUCAAUCUUCGAUGCAGUGUCGCAGCAGGUUAUUGACCUUGUCGAGCAGUAUGCCAAUGAAUUACAGAUCUCGAUCAAGGCUGUGUAUCGGCCAAACAUUGGGUACAUCAUGUCAUGCAGGUCUGAUUGCUUCAGCGACGGUGUGCCGGAGGAGUUUUUGAAUUUUGUGCGCAAAAAGUCUCAGUGCACAUUCACGACGCUGGACUUGGUAAAGCUGAACAAUCGCCUGGCGUCGGUAGUCAGCGAGAUCAACAUAUUGACGGAAAAGGCUAUAAAAUCUGUUGCAGAUACAAUAAGCAGCAAUAUCGUCCUGCUAUACAAGAUAUCUGAGGCUGUUGCACUCCUGGAUAUGCUGGUGUCUUUUGCGCAUCUCUGCACUACUAGCGACUAUGUGCAGCCGCAAUUUUCAGAUGCAAUCAGCAUCGAAGAUGGGCGGCACCCUAUAAUCGAAUCGAUGGGCGACCCAGUGACCCCAAACAGGAUCAACACCGCUGACAAGACGUUCACCAUCAUAUCUGGGCCGAACAUGGGCGGCAAGUCGACGUAUCUAAGACAAGUUGCAUAUAUGGCUAUCAUGGCACAGAUCGGAUGCUACGUGCCAGCACGCUCGGCAACAUUCAAGGUAUUCGACAAGUUGUUUGUGCGUAUGAACAACGAUGACAGCAUUGCCGAGCACGAGUCCUCAUUUGUGCGUGAGAUGCGCGAUGUCUCGUAUAUCCUUCACACCUACAACCAGCACAGCCUGGUGCUGAUUGAUGAACUGGGUCGUGGCACUGCCACACAGGAGGGGAUGGCCAUCUGCCGUGCUAUCAGCGAAGAGCUGCUGGAAAGCCACGCCACUGUAUUCCUCACUACACACUUCCUCGAAUUGCCGCAUAUCCUCGGCGAGCACAGAAACUGCUCAAGACUGGUACUAUCUGAUCCGGUAAGUGCACGUAUUGCGUCCAUAUGAACGCGCUGAUAUAGGUCCAACUCGGUAGCAAGCAUAUUUCCAUAUCUCGUACUCUGUAGGACGCUGAAGAUGGUCGGCUGCAGAGGUACCGGGCUACCUGCGGCGAGCAGCCAGAGUCUCUGUACGGGAUCAAACUUGCCAGUCGCAUGGGGUUCCCCCAAGACGUCAUCGACAUUGCACGCAAGACUGCUGGUGAGAUUGGUGCCAAGCAUGAGGUCAAGUGUGAGGUUCAGGAUACAA